AUGUCUUCUUCAAUACUAACACAGACUGGUUACUUACGAAACAUUGAACGUGAGGAUCUGUAUAAAGUGAGAGAGAGAAACUCGGCGGCUGUGAUCCAGCAGCGACUUGAAUCCAAUCUCGAAAAACAAUACGCCAAGUACCACGCCAAACUGCUCAAGAAAGGACUCUCGGAGCAAGAGGCGCAUCUCAAGCUGCAAGAUUCAGCCAAACCCCUCGUCUUGGCUCUUAACCAGACGUUUUUUUGGAAGUUCUGGCUAGCCGGACUGUUUGCCCUAGUCAAGGACCUCUGUGGAAUCGCCUCAGCUAUGGUGUCACGUGUUCUGAUCGAAUACAUUCAAGACAGAUAUCUCUACAGGGGGACAGACCGGGAACCUAAGGUCGGCCGAGGAGUCGGCCCCUCGAUAGGCCUAUUUCUACUGGCCGUAGGAGUCACUUUCUUCUUCAACCACAUGUUCUACAAUGUCAAGAUGGUUGGAGCUCAGGCUCGUGCAGCUCUGGUGGCCGUCAUCUACAGCAAGAGUACCCGUUUGAGCGCCAAGGGCCGAGCUCAAUACACCACAGGCAAGAUCACAAACUUGGCAGCUAUUGACGCACAUCGAGUUGAUCUCAGUUGUGAAUCUUUCCACUACAUUACUAUCUUUUUGCCUGUUGUGGGUUGUGCCAUUGCUGUACUCGUGGUCAACCUCAAGGUCGCAGCUCUAGUUGGAAUUGCGACCAUGAUUGUCUUGAUCUUUGUCGUCGCAGGCAUCACCAUCUUCUCUAUGAAGCUGCGAGCCAUCAUUGUCAAGCUCACGGAUAAGCGAGUCACGUAUAUCCGAGAAGCUCUGCAGUCGAUUAGAAUCAUCAAGUACUACGGCUGGGAGGUUCCUUACUGUGACAAGAUCAAGAAGGUGCGUCUUGACGAGACCCGUAACUACGCCAAGAUGGGCUCGAUUCGAGGAACAGCCAUUGGUAUGUUUCAGGCACUCCCUAUUUUGGCAGGAGCGUUGUCUUUCAUCACCUACGCUGCUCUAGGUCAUGGAACUGAUCCUGCUCGAAUGUUCUCUUCUCUGACGCUUUUCAAUUUACUCCUGCCUGCUCUUGCUGUUCUUCCCCAGGCCCUCCAGGCUGCUGGAGACGCUCGAGUGGCUCUCAGACGUAUCCAGCGGUUCCUUGGGGCCGAGGAGUCGACUCCCACUACAGUUUUUGACGCUACUCUUGAAUCUACUGAUGACGCUGUGAUUGUGGAAGACGCCUCUUUCAUCUGGCCAGAAGUUGUCGAUGAUAAGAGCGACAAAGAGAAGGCUAAAGAUGCAAAGAAGGAGGAAAAGGAUAAGAAGAAGGCCGAGAAGAAGGCCAAGAAGGCGGCCAAGAAGGCGGCCAAGGAGAUCGCGGUGGUUGUGGAAGAGGAGGUGGAACACGAAAAGACCGAGGGAUCCAGUGAGUCUGAAAAGGGUACUCUUAAGUCGACUUUCAAGGGCUUCAACAACCUGUCUUUCAAAAUCAAGCGGGGUGAAUUUGUCGUUGUUACCGGUCCCAUUGGUUCUGGAAAGUCGUCUCUUCUUGCUGCCAUCACUGGAUCUAUGGUUUUGACAGGCGGUUCCGUGCGAGUGUCGUCCACAGAGUGGAUUGGAUGUCUGGAGCCGUGGAUUCAAAACGCCACAGUUCGAGAUAACAUUGUGUUUGGGCGAAAAUUCGACUCUGAAUGGUAUAGAACUGUGGUUACUGCCUGUCAGCUGAGCCAGGAUCUCAAAAUAAUGACUCACGGAGACAAUACCAUGAUUGGAGAGCGAGGCAUCACAGUUUCGGGCGGUCAAAAAGCUCGAAUCAACCUCGCACGUGCUAUAUAUGGAAACCCCGAGAUUCUCAUCAUGGACGACGUCCUGUCGGCUGUGGACGCUCGAGUAGGUGCUGGUAUUGUGGACGAUUGUCUUCGAGGCUUAGCCAAGAACUCCACUCGAAUUCUGGCCACCCAUCAGCUGUCUGUGCUGCCUAAGGCUGAUCAUGUGAUUUUCAUGGAUGCCGAAGGCCAGUUUCAUAUUGGUACGUACCAAGAGCUGGAGGCUGACAAUGAGCAGUUCAAGGCUCUUUUGGCGGCUGGUUCCAUGUCCAAGGAGGAGGUGGUUGCUGUCGACGAGACUGAGGUUGUUAUUGAAGGCGAUCUUGAAGACGACUGCGAUAACAAGGAGGAGUAUGAGGAUGCAGCUGAGACCAUUUCCAUUUUGGCAGAUGCCACUCAAGAGCUGCAAAAGGUGACCACUACAGUCUCGGCAUUUGAGGAGAACGAUAACAUGAUGGAGGAAGAAGAGCGAAUGAGAGAUGCAGUUGGUUUGCAUGUGUACUGGCAGUAUUUUCGUCAGGCCAACCCCAGUAGGGUCAAGGUAAUGAUGUUCAUUGGCAUGAUCUUCAUUUCCAUGAUUGUGAUUGCCUUUCUGUUUGUCUUCACAUCUGUAUGGCUCUCGUUCUGGACAGGUGACCGUUUCCAUGCCUCCAGAAACUUCUACACCGGAAUUUACAUCAUGCUGGGUAUUCUUCUGCUUCUUGCUGUGGCAGGAUACAUGAUUGUCAAUGAGAUCAACUCUGCCAUGGCAGCAAGAAAUCUACACAAUCAUGCUUUGGACUCGGUGUUCGCUGCACGAACUUCUUUCUUCGAUACCACUCCUCAGGGUCGUAUCAUCAACCGGUUCACCCGAGACACAGACUCUCUGGAUAACGAGCUGGCUAUGCGAUUGACUAUGUUGUUCUUUGGCGUCUCCGCAUUCUUCUCCAACUUCCUGCUUACUUGUGUCUACGUUCCUUAUGUGACUCUUGUGCUUGUCCCUGUCGGUUUUGUCUUCUACGUUUCUCUAGGUUACUACCGAAAGUCAGCUCGUGAAGUCAAGCGAAUUGACUCCAUUGAACGGUCGCACAUGAUGAGUGUCUUCAACGAGUCCAUUUCCGGUAUGCCCGUCAUCAUCAUGUACAAGGCCCAGCAUCGGCUCAUGAACAAGCUUCAGGCUACUCUCGAUGAUAUGGACAGUGCCUACUUCCUCACUGCUGCAAACCAGCGAUGGCUGUCUCUCCGUCUGGAUGGUCUGGGUUCUUUGGUCGUUCUGGUGGCCACUAUUCUUGUUGCUGUCGGAGUCUUUGAUCUCACCCCUUCCAACAUGGGUCUGAUCAUUUCCGCGGCCUCCUUUAUCCCCGAAGUCAUGUCUAUGGUUGCCCAGGCCGUUGCUGAACUCGAAAACUGCAUGAACGCCACAGAGCGAAUUCUUUACUACAAGGACAACAUUCCUGCUGAGGCUGCUCGAGAAGUGGACGGUACAGAGCUCGACCAGCGACCCAACUGGCCUGAGCAGGGAGCCAUCAGCUUCAACAAUGUGUCCAUGAAGUACCGAGAUGGACUUCCUUACGUGCUCAAGUCAUUGUCUGUCGACUUUCAGGGAGGACACAAGGUGGGUAUCUGUGGACGAACAGGAGCCGGUAAGAGUACCAUCUUGCAGACUCUGUAUCGAAUUGUGGAGCUUGCUGAGGGUUCUAUUACUAUUGAUGGUGUUGACAUUUCGACUAUUGGACUGCAUCAGCUUCGGUCUCAGUUGUCCAUCAUUCCCCAGGAGCCAGUUUUGUUCCUGGGCACCAUCCGGUCUAAUUUGGAUCCUCUGGAGCAAUACUCUGAUGCUGAGCUAUGGGGUUCUCUACGACGGUCUGGACUUCUCGAUGAAGGAGAGACUGAGGGUAAGUUUCAUCUGGAUCAAAAGGUGGAGGCUGACGGCAGCAACUUCUCUCUAGGUGAGCGACAGCUGCUGACUCUAGCCCGAGCACUGCUUAGAAACACCAAAAUUUUGGUGCUGGACGAAGCCACAUCAAAUGUCGACUACAAGACGGACAAGCUGGUUCAGGAGACCAUUUCACGGGAGUUUGGCCACUGCACGAUUCUGUGUAUCGCCCAUCGACUGCGAACCAUUGCCAAGUAUGAUCGUAUUUUGGUGCUUGAGUCCGGCGAGAUCAACCAGUACGACACGCCCUGGAACUUGUACAACGACAAGGAGGGUAUUUUCCGAGGUAUGUGUGACACCUCCGGGUUGAACGAGGUAGACUUCAACAAGUGA